GGCUGGUCUGCCUAAAAAACCGCCUAAAAUUUACCCGCUUUUCCUCGCGGCAUCGGGCGCGAAAGCAGUUCCUGGAAUGUGCCAAAGAGUUUCCGCCUAAGUUCCGCCUUUGCUCUGUGUGUUUUUUUCCUAAAGCAUCGUGCCUCUGCCCGCUGAAUGCCGUAGAUUAUGAAUUCCCUCACCAACUUAUUACGCCGCGAAUCCGGAUACGGAUUCGUUCAGCAGUACGAUGCUGCGCUUCUGCGGCUGUUGGUCCGGGAACGGGACAGCUGGAAGGGCAUAACACCGUCCACGUUCACCGCCGACUUUAACCCAUCGCCACCGAUCCUGGCGGCCAAGUUUGCCAAGUGUGCCGGCUACGAGCAUGUGCUAGCGAUUGCCAACGAGGACGGCAAGCUGGCGAUACAGAACACGAACGAAGGGAACGAAGAACCGGGCGGUGAGCGGUCGCUCGAUGGCGUACAGUGUCACUACAAUGCCGUGUUCGACAUCGAGUGGAUGCCAGGGGAGAUGAAGAUCGUGACCGCUUCCGGCGAUCAUACGGCUCAGCUGUGGUCGGUAACGGAAUCGGAUCUCGUCAGUACGCAAGCAUUCCGUGGCCAUUCCCGAUCGGUAAAGACGGCCGCCUUUCGUCGCGAUGAUCCGGCCAUAUUCGCUACCGGGGGACGUGAUGGAGCCAUCCUAAUCUGGGACAUCCGAGCACAGCUCGGUUCAAAUCUGUUGCCACGGGCGGACAACUGUAUCUACAGUGGACAUGCCGGUGGUCCCGGAACGCCGGCAUCUCAUCGGAAGCGUACAAGACAGACACCGAAGAUACCGGCACAGGGUUGUAGCAGCAGCAUCACGGGGCUAGUGUUCCAGGAUAGCAAUACACUGAUCUCGUGUGGUGCCGGUGAUGGAGUGAUCAAAGUGUGGGACACCCGGCGUCACUAUACCAGCCAUCAGCGAGAUCCUCUGCCCAAGCAUAGCUUCCCGUACGCCGGGACGACAACGUUGAAAGGCUUCACGAAUCUAGUGAUCGAUGAGGCACGCCAUCGGCUGUACGUGAACUGUAUGGACAAUCACAUCUACUGCUACAAUGUGUCCACGUACGAAGCGCAACCACUGCAGCGGUAUGGGGGCUUCAAGAAUGGUACGUUCUACGUGAAGGCAGCCCUUAGCCCCGACGGACAGUAUCUGAUCAGUGGAUCAAGCGACGAACGAAGCUACGUCUGGAACGUGGACCAUCCGAAUCCGCUGCUACAGUUACGUGGCCACGCAGCGGAAGUAACAAGCGUGGCGUGGAUGCAAAGCCGUCGCAAGGUACGCCUCGUAACGUGUAGUGACGAUGCGCGACACAAGAUCUGGCGCCUCGGACCGGAAGAGCUGGACUCGGAUGAAAGACAGCAAUUGCGUGGUACAACCGAGUACUGCAGUUCCUAUCGCCAACAGCCACACAGUCCACGGGCUGCCGCUCGACCAAAGGCACUCGAGUUUACACCACGAUCGCUGAAACGAAAUGUGCAACGGAACGAAACGACACCAAGCACACUGGAGGGUGUCAGCCGAACGCCAACCAACGCUGGAAGUGCGCUGGCUGGCAGCAGCAGCAGUACGACAGGAGCCAGUACAGGCAUUGCCACUAGCGGCUGUAACAAACGAUCGUACCAGAUGAUGGCACAGAGUGAAGAUCUUUGUGCACCCGGUGCGGAAGACACUGGUCCGCCUGUGUCGUUGUGUCCCCCCGUGAAGCGACCGUAUCGAAGUGAAGAAUGCCGUGGACGACGGCUGUUUAGUCCGGCAAACUGUAAAUCUUCCUUCAGCUUUACCGCGCUCGAGAUUGCCUCCAGUUCCUCCUCAUCCCGUAGCCUUAACGUUAUUCUGGAGGCAAGUGAAGAGCAACAGACAACGAUUGGUAGCCGAUCACCGUGUAAAUCUCCUCUCGCAACCGCCGAUCUCAACGUACGAUCACUCAACACCGCUACCACCAGUGCCGUUAACCUUCGUUCAAUGCUCUGCUCCUCGCCCACGACAUCGUUACUCAAUCUGACGCUACCGAAUUUUGUGAUCGACGGUGAAGCUCCACAUCUCGUGAACGUGAUCGCCAGUGGUGGUGGUUCGGGUGCACCAGGAUCACUUAAAGAUGGCACUGCAGGGGGAGGUCCUGGAGCGGGAACCGGUAACGGUACCGGUGCAUCGGUUGGAAUGAUGAUGAAGCACAAACUAAAGGAAAACAUCGAUUGGCUGACAAAGAUCCGCAAACAGAAGCUACUGCAAGCGGCCAAAACCAUCAUCAGCGAUGGUGGUGGUGGUGGUGCUGGCGGUGAGGGAAGAUCACUGGUUGACGGUGUGGAAGACACGGUAUCGCUGCUUCUAUCUCCACGGCUUCAGCAACUGAAGGCGUGUGAUGAGCGGAUGAGCAGCACCAGUACCUUGCUACAACCCACCUCCUCCUGCUCUUCCUCUUCUUCCUGCACUGCCGUGGAAGAUGGUGCGGAUGCAACAAGUCAACCGACGACACCGACAAGCCGGAAAAGGCGUUCGUCUAGAACGAGUUUCGAUUGCAUCUCGCAGAUACAGACGGAUGGCGGUGGUGGAUUGGGGCCUCGAACACCGAAAAGUCGACGAAAUUCCGUUGGCGUCAGCAACGGUGGCAGUGCGAGCAUAACCGUUGGCAUGCAACCGACGACACCCGAAGCGACGGUGUCCAUUAGGCGAUAUUUUACCGUCACUACCACCCCUACCAGCCGGAUGAACGUGCAAACGUCGCAUUGAAGACCGGCCGGUCGAUGUGUUCCAUGGGAUGCAAUUUUCUUUGUAUUGAUGAAUUCAAAGGGAUCACCAAAAAAGCAGGAUUUUGAAUUAGGUUAAAGUUAAGACAAAACACAAGAGCACACCGCCAUACGGGAUUUCAUUUAUGCUUCUUUACUUUUUAUUAAGCGAACCAUUCACCCAUGCUCUUACUCUAUCUCCUGCGAGUUUGAAUCGCAAUGAAGUGCACUUUGAAAGCGUUAGCAUUUAGUGGUUUUAGUACGGCAAAAAAGGGGGGGUAGUGGAUAGGAGGGCUAGGAACAGCGCUGUUCCCAAAGAUGCCCCUCGCCAACAUUUAGCUAACGGUAUGACGCUCAGGAUGUCUAGGUGAUAACCAACAUGAUUACACAGUGAGUGAAAAGGAGGGGUUUGCGGACAAAAGAAAUAGAAAUAAAAAUACACUUUAUGCUUCCUUGUUUGACAAAAUGAAAAAGAA